AUGGCAGCCACGCCGGCGUCACCACAGGUGCACAUCGAGUCCGUGCAGACGGGCUUGCCGACUCGCCUCGUCGAGCCCGACAGGACGCGCGUCAUAGCCGUGGCCGCGCCGCCGCUCCCGGCGACCUCGCUGCAGCGGCGCCUCCGCGCGGUCUUCUACUACCGUGGCGACGACGCGCCGCUGGAGGAAGGUAUAUGGGUAAAGGAAUCGCUGGGCGAGGUGCUGUGCUUUUUCCCGGAGAUGGCUGGCAGGCUCCGGCGGCACGCCGACGGGUCGUGGGAGGUGAAGCUGAACGACGCCGGAGUGAGGUUCCAGCAGGCGACGGUGGAGGUUACCAUGGAGGAUUUCCUGGCGGACAAGGAGCGGGCGCGUAAGGAAGCCGCGCUGGCGCCGUGGGUCGACGUGAGCGCGGAGGAUCCUGAUAUGUGCUCGCUCUUCUUCAUGCAGGUAUAUGCACGCGCACCAGCUCCUGAAUUUUUCUGUAAAAUUGCUAUUUUUUGA